GAUCGUCGUGCAGAUGGAGGUAAGUGCCUGAGUAACUUCGUAGAUUGAUUUCUUUUUUCUUCCUCUACUUGUCUCUGUUCCGUUGAGUCCGUUUGACCAAGUAUUUGUUCUUAAAUUUGUGAAUCUGUUCGCUUCAAUUGCAUACCAAAAUGGUCAUAUUCAAGUCAAAACAGCCGGAAGUCCAUGUCCCGACGGAUCUCACGACGUGGGACUGGUUGUUCGAUUCCGAGUAUUCUCCAAUAUUCCGGUAUCCUGCGUUCGAGCAAGCCGGAUAUCAGAAUGCGGUCACAAAAGAGCGUGUAUCAUGGCAGGAGGUGAAGGAUUACUCGACCUACGUAUCAACCGCCUUGGUUAAGAAGUAUGGGUUACAAGAAGGGAAUACCGUUGCGUUGUUCAGCCAGAACAACGUCUGGUACCCGGUUGCAAUGCAUGGCGCGGUCCGCGCAGGAGCCAAAGUCUCUGGUGCAUCUCCGGCUUAUAAUGUAGAGGAGAUGUCGUACGCGCUGAAAAUUGGGCAAGCCAAGUUCCUCAUGACUGCUCCGUCAUCGAUGGAGGUAGCCGUAGCUGCCGCUAAGAACGCUGGCAUCCCGAAGUCUCACAUCUUCCUCCUUGAGGGGAAUCUGGAUGGAUACUCAACCAUACAUGACUUGAUCGCAAUCGGCAAGAGUUAUGGCGAGAAUGGGCAAACUCCUGCGUUCAAAAUCCCAGCCGGAAAGGAGAACAAGGAUGUGUGCGCAUUCUUGAGCUUCAGUUCUGGGACUACGGGAUUGCCAAAAGCUGUUAUGAUUGCGCACCAGAACGUCAUCGGACAAUGUACGCAAAUACAACAGAUAACACCAGUGGAUCAAAAGAAAUCUCUUGCCAUAUUACCGCUCUUCCACAUCACUGGUCUCGUUCAUGGCCUUCAUCUUCCAGUGCUAUUGAACGCAGAAGUCAUUAUGUGCCCAACGUUCACAAUGGAAGCCAUGCUCGAUACUGUCGUCGAAUACCACUUAAAGGAGCUUUUGCUAGUUCCACCUAUCCUCAUCCGCAUGGUUCGAGAUCCUAUCGUGGACAAGUACGAUCUGAGACACCUGACCCGCUUCUCCUCCGGCGCAGCGCCGCUCAGUGAAGAGAUCAUCCAACAACUGGCGAAGAAGUUCCCGGGAACAGGCUUCAAGCAAGGCUACGGCAUGACCGAAAGUUGCUCGUGCAUCACAGCCCAUCCCCCGGAGCUCUACGACUACAAGUACGCGCACACCGUCGGAACCAUCGUCGCCAACACCGAGGUUAAGAUCAUCAAGGAGGACGGAACCGAAGCCACCUACAACGAACCGGGAGAGAUCCUCGCUCGAGGCCCGCAGGUGGUCAUGGGAUAUCUAGACAACCCCAAUGCCACGGCCGAAACCUUCGACGCGGAUGGCUGGUUGCACACCGGCGACCAGGGCGCCAUCAACGAGGAAGGGAUCAUUACGAUCCUGGACCGCAUCAAGGAAAUGAUCAAAGUGAAGGGAAUCGGCGUUGCGCCGGCCGAGCUCGAGGAUCUGUUGCUCGGCCAUGAGAAGGUCGAGGACGUUGCCGUGCUUGGAAUCCGCGACGACUAUGCUGGCGAGCUGCCGAAGGCGUUCGUGGUGCCUAAGCCGGGCGUGAAGCCGUCACGGGAGCUGGCUCUGGAGUUGAUGAAAUAUGUCAAGGACAACAAGGUCCGGUAUAAGCAAGUCAAGGUGGUCGAGUUCACCGAUGAGAUUCCGAAGAGCGCCAGUGGGAAGAUCUUGCGGAGAGUGCUGAGAGAUGCGGGCGACAGGGGCUUGGUGGUCAAAGACGAGAAGGCUAGAUUGUAAUGGACACGAUCUUGUACGAAUCAUAGGAACCAAACCUUGGAUUACAAUCCCCUUUCCUAGCAGCUCCUUACGAAAGUCAAUAUUUCAAUAGUUCAUAUUCGGUACAUGGU